AUGGAUUCUGUGCAGGAUCUGAGAGCGCAAGUUGCACGGAGGAUUAAUGCGGAGCGACCCUGGACAGCAGAUGGCAAGUUGCUGUUUGGAACCCAGAUCUUGGAGGACGCCGUGCUGCUGAAGGAUGCUGACCUGGCUGAUCCUUGUGAAUUGCAGUUUCUGGCUGCCGCAAGAGGGCAAGCGCUGGAGCGAAGCGAUCUCGUGUUGUUGCCAGAGGUUGUACAGAAAUUCCUGGACCCAUGCCAGGUGAGGCCCUACAAGCCCGAUGUGCAGUGGGUAUUGAAGGAUUUCGCCAUCCGCUCCACGGAGCAGGAACUGGUGGCGGAUUGGCAGCGCGAGUCCGAGAGAGAAGAUGUGCUUCGCUGGGACCAGACAGACCCAACGAGUAGGUUUGAGCCUUGGCUCCAGCUGAAGGAGGGCCACCUUGGAGUGAGGCGGAACCGGCAUACUGUUCUCAGCUGCGACUGCCACAAUGGUUGCUUCCAUUUCAGCUACUACGGCUUCAUCAAUCCCACUCACCGUCCCAAGGAGAUGGAGGAUCCCUCUGUCCCUUCUGGCUGGCAUCCCGAUGGCUCUUUCGAGGACGCGCGGGGCAUGGCUUCUGCUCCGCUACUCUACCCCAGAAG